UUUUGUUGUCGGCAGGAAUGUCGUCGCGAAUUUGUGUCCUUUCCCCUAAAUAACACUUUUUUUAACUCUAUAAACUAAUCAAACCAAGAAAAAGUUUAUUCGUCGUCGAUGAAAURCCAUGUGAGCUGUUGUGGAUGGUUGAAAACAGCGCUAAAGUUAUAUCUUCGUGGAUGAUAUAGGCUUAGAAGAUUCUAAAGUCCUACAAGGUYUUGGAGCGAUAUCCCAUCCAUCAUGGUGAAUUUGCCGCAUUCUUCUUAAGGUUUACUAAAGGAAAGUUGCUUUUUCUUAUAUCAUAUCAUAUACUGAUCCAACAAAGGAUUGAAUUAUUUCUGGUGAGGACRUAAAGAAGCUACGAACCAUCGCGUGAACUUUCUCGUCUAGUGUCUGGGAUACGAUCCACAAUGAUGAUGAAUUCGGGUGAAAUCUCCCAGUCAGAGGGAUGUUGUAUGGCGUUUACACCACAAAGCUGCCCCACUAAGGGUGGGGAUGUGCUGUUUAUUACAUACUCAGAUGACUUCCCUCUUCCAAGUACAGCAGAAUUCUUUCUGGUGUUUGAAGGCAGCAACCAAAGACAUGUGACAACAGCCCAACAGAUAAAUACAUACACAAUACAAGCAGUAGCUCCUAGACAYGACAAAGCUGAAAGGGUGUCAUUAACUGUAUACUGCUUUAAAGAUGAGACUGUUGGACUSUUGUCAUCACACAAGUUCAGUUAUAAUUUAGAAACAGAAAAAAUAUUAGUAGAUGUACUUGCGCAACAUGUGUCAGAUCCGACAUUCCUGGAAUUAUGUAUUUCACUAUGUUCGAUAUCCAACAACAUUUCUGGUGAUGCAAGGGAGAUGUUGGACUCUAGAUUUACAGAGGCAUUUGAACAACUUGAGCUUUCUCCAUCCUGGACUAUAUUUGGAGAGGGUGGCCAAAGAAAUGGUUUAGAUAAUGGCUAUGAGACACUGCUUCAUUUGUCAGCACAUCUUGGCUUCAGUCAGCUAGCKAAGUAUCUUUUGGACAAACCUGGUGCUGACUAUGCCUUGACUCUUCUUGAUARAAAUGGAAAAUCUCCAUUAGACAUUGCAAAUGACAAAGGUCUCACCAAAUUAGCUGAUAUUUUUGCAAGGGGAGCUAAUCCAAAGAAUGARCCAAGUCUGCCUAACGAUAAACCACAYGCAACUAAAACUGCAAUUGGAACCACAACUAUAUCAUGCUAUAUAAAGAACAACAGAAAUUCUAUAGAGAAAGAUAUCGAUAUGUUAAGAGAAAUGCACAGCAUGAGCAAAAUCUGAAACGACUUCGAGAUAUCAAUGAAGAGAUACAAAGGCUUCGUGUUACUUCUCAAAGAAACUACAGAGAGUCUUCAAAGGGUCCAGGAGACAGACCUCCAAUAAGAAGAUUAUCCUGCCCAACKUUUAGAGGUCAAGAUAUCUUACAAGCUCACUUGAUGAUUGGAAAAACUGUAGCAAGUGAAGAGAGACCCGCUGUGGAUAAACCACCAACUGACRCUGAUAACGGCAGUGAACAGCUCCUUGGUGUAGAAGAGACCUCAGACACAUUAAGAAGACGAAGCUGGGGGGACAGAACUGAAGGACAAAACAAGCCAGAAUAUCAGAGACGAGUAAGCUCAAGUCUUGAUGAUCUCACUGCUCCUGAACCAGUUAAAAAGACAAAAGACCCAUUACGCAGUAGAACGCAAGUGAUAGAGCUUCCCAAACACUUAACAAAAGAGCAAGAAAGUAAUAAAUUAGCUGACAUUAUUGACUCUAUAAAGAGCGAAGAGAAACAGGAUGAUCGCAAAAUACCAACCAGGAAUGCUACUUCUGUUAGUAUGCAGGGGAAAUCGUACUCSUAUUCAUGUUUGCCCUCUCUUACUGCGGAUGAUGGGAUGAAAGAGCAACUAAUGGUCAAAAAGCAGGAACAAAUGAGGAAAUAUCAUUGCUUGAUUUCCUUAGUCAUAAUGAAUCUGGUGUAUCACUAGAAGGGUCUGGAGAUGAAGAUAUGGACGAUGAAGGAGUUUUUGCAAGAGAAUAUGACUCUGAUAUGGAACUGAAGGAUGAAGCAGAUGCCUGGAGUUUAACUGUAGACAAAUCGAUUUUUAAAAAAAUGAAUGCAAAAGAUGUCAAGAGACAAGAUGUUAUUCAUGAGCUGAUUCAAACAGAAGAACACUAUGUUGUAACACUCAAGAUCAUGUUCAAAAUUUUCYAUAGUGGCAUGAUUAAGGACUUACAUCUACCAAAAGACAUGGUUAAUUCAAUGUUUCCACAGGUUGAAGAACUACUUGAUCUGCAUUCAAAUUUUCUGAAUUCAAUGAAGGCAAAGGAAAAUAGUCAAACAGUUGUGGAGAGAAUAGGCGAUGUCUUGGAACAUCAGUUCAGUGGUUCUUYAGGUGAGCGCAUGAAAAAGGCUUAUGGAGAUUUUUGCAGCCAUCACACUGAAGCUGUKGACUUAUACAAGAAAUUGUAUAAAAACGAUAAAAAGUUUGCAGAUUUUGUAAAGAAAUGCAGUGUAAAUAAGAUAUGCAGACGUCUAUCUAUCCCAGAUUGCAUCACUUUGGUUACUCACCGCCUGACCAAGUACCCGCCAUUGUUUGAGGCCAUCAUCAAGACUACUAAAGAAAUAAAGGCUGAUCAUCCGUCUUUGAAAAAAGCAACCAACUUAGUCAAGGGUGUUUUGUAUUCUGUGGAUAAUUCAAUCAAUGAAUAUGAAAAACAAAAGACUUUGAGGAACAUCAAGAUGAGAAUGGAUCUCAAAGUAACGAUAACAUACAAAGGAAGCAAAAAAGUGAAGAAUAUAGACUUUGCAUCCAAUUCAAGUGCACUUCUCCACGAGGGCAUGUUGYUAUGGAAGACAGCGCGCGGCAAGUUUGUUGAGUGUGUUGUUGUGAUACUGGACGACAUGUUGGUGUUUUUACAAGAAAAAGAUCAGAAAUACUCCUUAUUGUCUUUAGACCAAAAGGCUCCUGUGAUUCGAUUAAAUAACUUAUUUGUUCGGGAAGUCGCUACAGACACAAAAGCGAUAUUUUUAGUAAGUACAUCAAGAGAAGGGCCUGAAAUGUAUGAAAUGGUUUGUGGGACACCCAGCGAAAAGAAAAUGUGGAUCAAGAAUAUUAAAGACGCUAUUGCUACAGCCCCUAAGGAUAAAGGCACUGGAGAACUGAUCACAACUAAAGCUGGAGAGAUGAGAAAACAUCUUCUUCARCGAGCAGAAACUUUGUUGGAAGAAGUACAGAAUGCUGAACCCGAAAAGCAWAGUAAUUACUUGCUUGACAUGCAGGAUCUUAUUACUAAAUUGGAAACCGAAGAGAGACGUUGGAUUUAAACGUGCUGAAACCUUCAGUGGUUUUGACAACAAACAAAAACUUACCAACCCUGACCAGCCAGUCACGCGGGCRUUUUCUAUGAAAACCGAGAGGACGGGAAAUGUUAGAAGUUACAAUCGGCCUGAUGCUGCGGUGUCAACUUCAGAUCUAGGGAGUCCUGCUACUAAGCACAAGAGAAAGGGAAGCGGUGGUGGUUUGUCGUUUCGUAGCAAGAACAAAGAAGAUAAAAAGAGCUCUGACGCAAAAGCUGAUCUUGCGUCAUCAUCAACGUCGUCAUCUCCAGUCAAUACUCCUGACCAAGACCAAAUGGAAUGUGAAGACCAUAAUGAAUGCUCAACAGAAAUGAACUCUGACAGCAAAGAUGUUAUUUAUUUCUAAUAAUCAGUUAAAAUUCUAUUUC